GCGAUUAAAACAUAUCAAAUUUUGAAUGGCGAUUAAAACAUAUCAAAUUUUGGGUGGUAAUUGAAACAUAUCAUAAAAUAUGCGAAAAGUUAACAUUUCAUUAAAAUUAGCAUUUGGCGCGUCGUAAACAAUAUCCGGGAAAAAGUCGACCAGAAAUGACAAUUGAGGAAACCUAAGAAAUGUUUGGAAUGCAUUCACGGAUAUUUUGGAUGUCAUUUUUUUUGGUUUUCAAACCAACCGAAGGAUCGAAAGGCAACAGCAAUAAAGAUUUCAUAAAAGCAACAUUUAUAGGAAGAAACAAUUUUAGAAAUUUAAGUGGAACAAAAAAAGACAACGUCAAUCCAGGCAAUUUUAGAAAUCAACGACAUAAGAUUAUGAAUAGGACAAAACAACUUACAUUCCCUGUACUAAAGAGUGAAGGUAACUCAACCAUAAAUAAAAACUUGAACGAUAAUAAGAUUACACAAAUGAAAGUGUUGAAUGCUGUAAAAUCAAGGAAGAGACAAAAUGUACUUGUUGGUUAUUCAAAAUACCAAAGAUCGAUUCGCAUCGACGAAAGUGGGAAGUUACAAAGACACGAAGUGGGACCUGAAGAGUACGUAACACCAGAAGGGAAAACAGAAAUAUUCAGUUACGAUAAACCAAUAAAAAUAGAUCGUCUAACUCAAAGAAAGAUGAUCUCUUUAGGACAUAUGGUCCCUUUAUCUCUUGUGUCUGAAACAAAUGCCAAAACAAUAUCUUCCAUACCCACGGCAUUUACGGAUAAAAGUUCACUCUCUUCUUCAAAGACAUCGAGAAGAUACUCUUUUUAUAACCAGGUCCCAGUCAUGCUACACAAACCAUAUCAACUUCCUCAAUUAGUGCCAGUCCCUCCACCAGCACCAGUUUUUCUACCAAUACCAGUAGCACAAAGGGUAACGUAUGCUGGCACGAGUCCUAUAACCUCAGUUCCUGUACAAUUAACCGAAUGUGACAUUAAUCCAUGUCAAAAUGGCGCUUCCUGUUUCUUAGUGGACAACAUAGAAUCUUACAAAUGUCAUUGUCGUACAGGUUUUAAAGGGAGACAUUGUGAAGACGCAAGCAAAUGUUAUCCAAAUCCUUGUGAGAAUCUAGGUGACUGUACCGUUGUGCCUAAUGGUUAUGAAUGCAGUUGUAGAAGAGGAUUCAGGGGAUCACGAUGUGAGAUGCGUGAUGAAUGUGAGCCAAAUCCGUGUAGAAAUGGAGGAAGUUGCAGUUCAGUUGAUAAUAAAUAUUAUUGUAGUUGUAUCUUUGGUUACAUCGGAAAGAAUUGCCAAGUUCAGUCCAAGUGCUUUCCCCUCAAUCCAUGUCGUCACGGGGGCACAUGUCAUGAAGAUGUUGCAAGGUAUAUUUGUACCUGUUCGCGGGGAUGGUCAGGAUUGAGCUGUGAAAAAAAAUUCUUAAACACCAAUUAUAUAGUUUAUUAUUAUAAGAGGCGAAAUAUGACGAAAAAUGGUGUGUUAUUGAUAGUGGCUACUUAUUGUGUUUAUCUCUCUUUUCAUUUGAACCACAACGCUGUAACUGGUGCAUUAAAUAAGGAUAGCUUAGCGCCAAAAUUUACAAAAGAUUUCAACACGAAACUAUUAAAUGAAAACAAAGCUAGGUCGAAACAGGAACAGAGUUCUAAAGAAGGUUUAACAAAGAUUUCAAUGAACAAAACAAACACAAAAACAAAAGAGACGAUUUUAGCAGAAGAUUACUUAAAUAACAUGAGGUCACCGCAGCUGAUGAAGACAACAUUAGAAAGAAACAUAGGAAGGAAAACGGAGAGUAAGACCUACGCUGACAACACUAAAACAAAGACCACAAGCUCACAAACGAAACAUGAAGAAUCGACAAUUGCAGGAUCCAAACCUGAAUCCAAAUUGCUGGAUGAAAACAAAAUUUCACUCGUGCAAACCAAUGAUCAUGACAAGCCGUCAAAAGUUACCGAAGGGAUGAAAGGUGGAAAGCCAGUAUUAAAAGGUUUGGUUGACGACCAAUUAUCUACAGUUGAAAAUUCUAACAAAGGUACAAGUGCAUCAUAUGUGUCAGAUCGUGAUCUAAAUGUACUUCCAAAGAUAGGCGGACACGCAAAAAUAAGCAUGUUUAACCAACUACCACCAAAAAUUCAACCUCUCUUUAUACAUAAACCUCGCCUUCGCAACACAGCAGAGAAUUCAAAUCCUUGUACGACGACGAAUCCUUGCAAAAACAACGCUGUUUGCAGCACCGUUGAACAUCGUCCAUUGUGCAUAUGUAAACCAGGAUUUCGUGGCAAAUUUUGCGAAUUGAUAAACAAGUGCUAUCCCAACCCGUGUCACAAUUAUGGAUCGUGUAGCGAAAUGGAGAGCGAUUUUCAAUGUUCCUGUAAGCAUGGUUUUCGUGGAAAGAGAUGCGAAAUUGCCAACAAAUGUGAGCCUAACCCGUGUUUAAAUGGGGCGACCUGUUCAGAGAUUGAAGACGACUACAUAUGUACAUGUCGACAAGGAUUUAUGGGUCAUAGUUGUGAAAUUGAGUCAAAAUGCAAUCCCAUCAACCCUUGCAAAAACGGAGGCACAUGUAGAGAGGAGCAUGAUAUGUACAAUUGUUUAUGCAGAGAUGAAUUUCGAGGAAAAAACUGCGAAGGUAAUAGAAAAAAGUCAACACAUGGGAAAACAAUGUUCGACCAUCUUUAUGUGAGUCAGUCAAUCCUUGUAUGUUUGGAGGAAAAUGUACGCCAGUCAGUAACUAUGACUACACCUGCACAUGCCUGCCGGGACGAAGGAGGAAGUAACUGUGAAGAGGAUCUAAGUCAAACAAAAGCCUUGAGCAGUUGUAGUCAUUGUCAUGCAUAUGCAAGGUGUCUUAAUGGUCAUUGCGUUUGUAAACGUGGAUAUAUUGGCAACGGUCACAGUUGUGAGCCUGCUCAACAAUUUUGCCAUCCAAACCCUUGUUUCAACGGAGGCACUUGUCAUCAAUCAACCAAUCAGAAGCGAACAUUCAAUAGCGGGAAACAAUGGUGGUGUGAGUGUAUGACUGGUUACAUGGGACCAAAUUGUCGAGAAAUGGAUUUUUGUCUAAUGCGACUAUGUAAAAAUGGAGGAACCUGCUUGAGUGAAAACAAACAAAGAAAAUGUAUCUGUCCACCGGGAUACCGUGGAAAAUAUUGUCAAGAGAAGAGCAUUUGUUAUAUUAAUCCGUGUAAGAAUGGCGGGACAUGUAAAGAGGGUAAAGAUUUUGCUCAAUGUCAAUGUCGAGAUGAAUACGAAGGAGAACACUGUGAACGUAAUCUACAAACAGCCUCAGCUGAACCAUCACCUGUUACUGGUCUACCACCACCACCACUACCACCACGACAAACAACAACACUACCACCACUACCAACAACAACAACAACACUUCCACCACCACCAUCACCAUCACCAUCAACACCAUCACCAUCACCACCACCACCACCCGUACAUGGGUUUUGUUAUUCAAACCCGUGCUCCAGUGGUUCCACUUGCCUCGAGUCCCUGGAUUCAUACUUCUGUCAAUGUCCUGAAUAUCGUUACGGAAGAAAGUGCGAUCAAACCCCAGAGACGCUAGGAGUUUCCAUUGUUGGUGCGACCAAAAACCGAUCACCGAUUGGCCAAUGGAAUGACAACAAUGUUGGCAUGCAAUAUGAAAGCCUGGGUUGUUGGGCAGAUACAGAACAAUGGAGAAAUCCAAGCAUGCGAGCCAUCCAAUCUAUGGAAGGUUUUCAUCCUUCUCUUAAUGACGACUACAAGAGAAGGAUCUAUCCCAUAAUGAAAUGCGCGAAUGCAGCAAGCGCUUAUGGAUACAAGAUAUUUGCCAUACAAAAUGGCGGACAAUGUUUUGCCGACCCUUAUGCAGGAUUGACAUACACAACAUAUGGACCUUCAACUCAAUGUCGUUAUGGAAUAGGUGCUUCACUGGCCAACGAUGUCUAUAGACUGCCUUAUGCAACAAGACAAGGAGCAGUUCAACAGCUGUUGUUGCCUGCAAGUACAUCACAAUUCGCACAAAACACGUUGGCCACAAAUCCCGAGCUGAUGUCGGACUUUAGUACACAGAACACAUUGGGAAAACAGUUCAUAACACAACAAAGUUCUUCAGAACAAGAAGCAGCAGAAGUCCCCCAAACACUGCGACCUCAAUACGUUCAAUAUCAAACAUCAACAGGUACAUCAAACGAAGACACGACUAUACAGGAUAACGGAGCAACACAAAGUUCUCCACUAUAUGUCAACACAGCCAAUGAACUUGAUGCAGGCUCACAGGGUAUUCAGAUGUUCUCACAAUCUAGUGGUGAUAAUGGAGUAAAAGAUGAGACGAAGAGCCUCAAUAAUGGGCUGCUACCAGAGAGUACACAGAGUAAACAACAGGCUGAAGGCAUUUCAUCGCAAGAAGUAAAAAUAGUGAAUUUAGGCGAUGAGGAGAAGACAGGCAGCUUUCAAAAAGCUGGACUCACGUCGUACAUAUGUAGUUCAGAUAACGCGUGUGGAGGUUGCCCUUCAGGAGCAAACUGCAUCAACGGACAAUGUCAGAUUGAGGAGCAAGAUUCCCAGGUUGAAGGUUUAACAACAGGAAAGGUACAAGGGAAUAAGCCAACAACUAUUGAUGAUAUACGCAACUUGGAAACACAAGAAAUUGCGUCCCUUAUUAAGGAGGCAGACGCACCAUCCACAUCAGUUCCUCACAGUCCUUACACGUCCCAUGACCAAUCAUCAAGCAAAGCACAAGUAAACACAAAUAAAGCAACAGUAAGGCAGGAAAAACCAGUGAAACAACCUCAAUACACAGGCGGAGAUUUUAAGGAGUUGCGGGAGUUUGCACAUCGAAAGGAGAUGUCACUAUUAAUGGCGUCUCCGUCAUUCCAAAGACUGGAUAAUUUAAGUAUUCGUAUACUGCUAGUAUUGAUUUGCAUAUUAUGCGGGAAAUCAGGAACAGGAAUACCAACGGAUCAUGACUUUAAACAUCAGAAAAAUACAUCAUGGACUAAACGAUUAAAGGAAAAAUAUCCAAGGUCAGCUCAAUACGGGAAUGUUUUUCUACCGCGAUUUUAUGAAAGACACAGUGUAGCUCCAAGACUGAACAUGUUAGCACAAUAUCGUAUGCCAAUAGCAACAAGACGAAUAUCACACGCGGAACCAUUUAUCCAUUUUUCUGGAUUGCCAAGGACUUAUGUUCCAGUACUGACAAGUAUUCCAUCUUUACAGUAUCCAGUAAUUCAAGCUAAUAGAUAUGUUCUGCCUGCGUAUUCCCUGAAAAUACCUGCACAAACGACAGCAACACGUCUGUCUACAGUGCCACAAAUAAACGAAGAUUUAGGUGAACAGUACAAUGAGAAAUACACCACAUUACCGCCAAAUUUAAGCCAAAACAUGCUGCAACAAAAUGAAUUACUCGUGCCUCGAAAAACGGAGAGCAAGAACGUCGAUGUUGGUGACGAGUUCGACAACUUUUUGCAAAGUUUAGAUGGUCCUUGUUCCCAGAAUCCUUGUAGAAAUGGCGCAAAAUGUCGCAUAACAUCAGAUGGAACAUCGUAUCGUUGUAUCUGCAAGAGAGGAUAUAAAGGGAAGACAUGUGAAGAAAAAAACGGGUGCUUUCCCAACCCGUGUCAAAAUAACGGAGAAUGUACGCUGACAAAUGACGGAUUUGAGUGCUCGUGUUCUAAAGGGUUCAAGGGAAUGAAAUGCGAACAAAAGAACACAUGCGAACCCAACCCGUGCCAGCAUGGUGGGGUAUGCACAGAACUAAAUAAUGGUGCCUUUGAAUGUACAUGCAAGAAAGGAGACUUUGGCGACAGAUGUCAAGUUAGCAAACAAGCAUGCGAUCCUAACCCUUGCCGAAAUGGCGGCCACUGUACUUCAAUGGAUAAUGGUGAUUAUCAAUGUCACUGUACCGAAGGAUACAAAGGGACGUUGUGUGAUGAACUAGAUAACAAGUGUUUAACGAGCCCGUGUAAAAAUGGAGGGUCGUGUAUUAAAGCUAUGACAAGCUUGGGAUACGAAUGCGCAUGUGCAAGAGAAUUCAAAGGAACAAAUUGCGAAGAACGUGCCGGUUGCGACAUAAAUACGUGCCAAAAUGGAGGAACGUGUUAUGAGACCGAGUUUGGCGUUCGAUGUAUUUGUCAGAAUGGUUACUUGGGAGAUAAGUGUCAAAUUCGCAAACUCUGUGAGCCUGACACAUGUCAAAACGAGGGGAAAUGUAUAGAACAUGCCAGAGGAUAUCGCUGCGUUUGUCCAGAAGGAUACAAGGGGAAAAUAUGUGAUGAAAUUGACCGAUGUCGUCCGAACCCAUGUCAACAUGGCGGGCAGUGUAAGCAAUCCGACAGCAGUUACUUCUGCAAAUGUUCCACACAAUAUCAAGGCCAAAACUGUGAAAUUACCAAUCCCUGCAAAAGCCGUCCAUGUAAAAAUGGUGGGAAGUGCUCCAGCAGCUUAAAUGGUCAGCGGUUUUAUUGUGAGUGCCCCAAUGCUUUCUUCGGUACCACGUGUCAAGAGCGGAAUGCUUGCGUACCGAACCCUUGUGAAAAUGAAGGAGUUUGUCGAAACACUGGUUCCGACUUUUCCUGUGAAUGUCAAAAUGGAUUUCAAGGAAAAACUUGUGCAGAAAAAGAUCCAUGCGAUAGUAAACCAUGUUUAAACAACGGUGUCUGUUUGAGAACUAGCAUCAAUGACUACACAUGUUCUUGCGGUGAUGGAUAUAAAGGAAAAUCCUGUGAAGUCAAACGUUACUGCUUUUCAAACCCGUGUUUUAACGGAGGUAUAUGUGAGGAGACUGGAGAUGACUUUAUAUGUUCUUGUGUACAAGGCUUUCGUGGACCAACAUGUCAAGAACGUGAUCAAUGUUUUCCCAAUCCAUGCCAAAACUCUGGACGUUGUGUCAUCAUGGAGCAAAGAGGGAAUAACAAAGCUUUUGUCUGCGAAUGUCCACGUGGUUUCCAUGGUGAUACGUGCGAAGGAAAGAAUCCGUGUGAGCCUAACCCGUGCGCCAACCAAGGAAAAUGCACAAAGAUCAAUGGUGGCUUUACUUGUGAAUGCCAACCAGGUUAUAAAGGAGACAGAUGCUAUGAGAUCGACAAGUGCAACCCAAAUCCUUGCCAACAUGAAGGUACCUGUGAUGAAGUUAUAGGAGGCUUGGGAUAUGCUUGUAAAUGUCCCAGUGGAUACAAUGGACAAGAUUGUGAACAGAAAGAUUACUGUCAUCCUAACCCAUGUGAUCAUGAUGGUCAAUGUUUACCCAUGAGUAACAAUGUUGGUUACAGAUGUAAAUGUACCGCGCAAUACAUGGGUCAGCGGUGUACGGAUCCCAAUCCAUGCGAACCUAAUCCGUGUCUUCAUAACAGUCAGUGUUUGAUGUUACUCGGCUUUGGAAAGAACUACGAGUGUAACUGCUCGUUAGGAUGGUACGGAGAUGCAUGUGAAAAACGCGACAUGUGUAAACCAAACCCAUGUCAGUAUGGGACAAAAUGCGUUGGGAUUGGACAAGAUAGUUACAGCUGCAUCAAGUCAUUAUGCAAGCCUAAUCCUUGCCAGAACUACGGCAAGUGCAUCGAUAUUAAUCAAAACGACUUUCAAUGCGUAUGCCCAUCCGAAUAUGGCGGGAAAACAUGCAAUGACAACAAUAGUGACCUUCAUGACAUGAUGAGUAAGAACAAGCAAGCUUCAAUAAAUCAACACACGAUGACAACGAACGACGAUUCAUCUGCAACUAACGUUGAUGCAUUGCAAAAGCUGAUAGAGGAAGCUUUAGUAGCGUACAAACUAAAACACGAGAAAAAACAAACUAAUGAAGAUAAGGUUAAAAUGAUCUCAAACAGUGUAUUUACCAAAGAAACAACUAAACCAAUGACAAGACUUCAUGAUGACUAUACGGAGAACAACGAAGAACGUACGAUUAAUCCCUACAACAAACGGAAAACCUCGACAGAAAACCGACAAAAAUAUAAAGAUGAUAUAAAAUCGAACGAAGAAAUAAUCAACUUGCUUCAGACGGCAGCUCCUCGAAGACCUUUACCAUUGUCAAAGAUUCCUAUUGUGUCACAAUAUGCCAUACAAUCACCAGGCCUAACACGAAGUGUGCAGCAAUCGAGGCAAAGUUUCAGUCCAAUACUCACGGGCAAACCACCGCACAUUCCAAUGUCACUAAUUGCAAAAUGUUCUCCAAAUUUAUGUCAAAAUGGUGGAGUUUGUGUACAUGAGCCGGGAAGACCAAUACGAUGUCAAUGUCCAGCAAAAUACACGGGUGAUACAUGUGAAAUUGAUAAGUGUAAAAACAACCCGUGUAAAAAUAGCGGUACUUGUUUAUCCAUCGAAAGAGAGCCGGGUUUUGUUUGCAAAUGUAAAGAUGGACUAACUGGACCAUUUUGUUCUCACAAACCCUGCGAGCCUAACCCUUGUCUUAAUAAUGGCGAAUGUGUGAUGUUUUAUAGUAUACAUCUUUGCAAGUGCAAGCAUGGAUUCACAGGAAAAUUAUGCGAAGUAUCCACCUAUGGUCAAAAUAUAGAGCAGACAGCAACACCAAAACCACAAACAUCCCUUCUUUUGAAGACGAGUAAAGCGGUAUCAGCAUGUCGUCCUAACCCUUGUAAAAACAACGCUCCCUGUUUUGUGACUUUCGAUGGCGAGUUUGAGUGUAUUUGUUCCAAUGACUUCUCGGGUCCACGUUGUGAAGCCCAUGGGAAAUACACAUACUCAUCUGCAAGCAAAUUCUUUCCAGCACCAAACGAGGAAUGCAAGCACUGUGACAAGAAUGCUCGAUGUGUUAAUGGACACUGCAUAUGUAAGAACAAAUUUGUUGGAGAUGGAUUGGAGUGUUGGAAACGCACUCUGAAAGACGAAAAGUGGACAUGUCAAAAAAGCCCAUGUAAAAAUGGCGGGACCUGUAAGAGAGGUAUUUCUCGUUGCAUCUGCCGGCUUGGUUACUCGGGAGAUUACUGUCAAGAGUCCAGUCUUCCAGUUGUACAUUUAACGUUUGAUCGACUGGAAGAUGAAACUAAAGUUCCAGACACGAGUGGUAAUGAUAAUGACGCGUACAUUAGUAAUGGCUUUGAAAUUCUCCCAAGACAAGGAAAAUGCGCAGGCGCUGGAAAUGUCCAAAAUGGAGAUAUCCAGUUUGAUGGAGAGAAUUUUAAGAAUAUACCUAGACGAGCUAUAACAAUAGCAAUUUGGAUCAAACUUGUAACAGCUUUAGGAAUUCAAUCGAUAUUUGACACAAUCGGUUCACAUUCAAAGCACAAAGAUGGUCAAUAUCAUUUUGAAAUCGACAACGGUCGAUUGAGAUGGUUUCAUCGCGAUGAGAACCGAGAUACCGUGUUCAGCGUUGUCACAGAUGAAGUAGCUGUUCGCGAAGGGAACUGGAACCUAAUUGUGGGAUCAUACAGUAUGGACAAGAACAGAGCAAGAAUUUACGUCAAUGGAGACAAGGUUAAGGAGGAGACAGGCCAUAACAAGUCACUGUCAGGAGAUUGGGGCUAUAAAGCAGGAAUAGGCAAACAUGAACACCCAUAUGGCGCAAGACGUUUAAUGGGAUUGGUGGACGAAUUUUCGAUCUUCCCUUCUGAGUUAUCAAGAUUGCAAAUUCUUGUUCUCAUGAAGCACUGUAAAAUUUACUAUCAUCAAAAUAAGCUCAAAGCUUCUGCAAAAGAGAGUUUUUCGAAAAUCAAACAAAACAAGGUGUCUCAAAAGCAGUAUGGUGUUCCAGCAUACCGACAAUCAUACCACAAUGCUCACUACGCAACACCAAAUACUCCUUUAAAGCCCGUCAACCCAAAAAUAUACCUUUGACUAACUACUACGAAUCUAAUUACGGUUAUCAAAGAGCAAAGGAAUACGAAAACUCUGCGGGCUUCCUAAACUCUGCGGGUUACCUAAACUCUGCAGGCCACUCGAACUCUGCGGGUUACCCAAACUCUGCGGGAUACCCAAACUCUGCGGGCUACCUAACUCUGCAGGCUACUCGAACUCUGCUGGCUACCAAAACUCUGCAAGAUACCCAAACUCUGCGGGCUACCAAAACUCUGCAAGAUACCCAAACUCUGCAAGAUACCCAAACUCUGCGGGCUACCAAAACUCUGCAAGAUACCAAAACUCUGCGAGAUACCCAAAUUCUGCAGGGUAUCCAAACUCUGCGGGGUAUCUAAGCUCUGCGAGAUACCCCAAUUUUGCGGGGAAUCCAAACUCUGCGGGGUAUCCAAACUCUGCGAGAUACCCAAAUUCUGCGGGGUAUCCAAACUCUGCGGGUAUCCAAACUCUGCGAGAUACCCAAACUCUGCAGGGUAUCCAAACUCUGCGGGGUAUCCAAACUCUGCGAGAUACCCAAACUCUGCGGGGUAUCCAAACUAUGCGCGAUACCCAAACUCUGCGGGAUACCCAAAUUCUGCGGGCUAUCCAAGCUCUGCGGGCUACAAUGCAUUCUGGACACAACAAACUCUACCAGUGUCCUCAAAUCAACCAGCUUUACCUCAAACAUAUGCACCUGUUCAAAAAACCAGCUCAUACAUAGGAAAUAAAGAAAAUUUAGACUUUUACCAAUAUAACCCUGCAUUUUACCAAAGACCGCAGCAGGAUAACACAGGCUUUAAAAAACAAUCAACCAAACUAUAUCCUAUGGCAUCACAGUGGUCUGGAUUGAGAGGAGAUGAAAGAAGUUACUCGGAAAGCGAAACUCGUAACAUCAACAAAUAUCCUAUACACGUCCCUGACAGAACUCAAGACUACAAUGGAUACGCCAAAAUGCAAAACGCCAACACGAGAAGUUAUUAUUCAAGCAAUAAUUUAUGGGAAGUAAACCAAGCUCAACAACCUAGUAAUCGUCAAGGUUACACAAGAUCCAGCGUCAAUCCAUCAGCUCCAUGGGAUACUUCAUAUAAUAGUCAGUCGUACCAGCUUACCCCAGAAAUUACAGCCCCACAAGAUGACAGACAUUCUAACAUUCCAAAAAUAUCUGUGUAUAAUCAAUAUGGAUCUAUAGCAGCCGCCAGUGGACUGAGUGACGGUCAACAGACACAGCCAUACAACCAAGACUCUCAACCGGAAGGAAUGAAAAGCAACGUUGCACAACCAGAUUACAAAAGCAGGCAACAAACACAAUCAGUUGGUUAUUACAACAUGAAUGUUAUGACGCCAGAUAAUGAUGUCAUAAACACACCACAUACCUACGAUUUACAAAGUCGUCGAUAUCAAAAUGGAUUUAAUACAGAACUCCAAGCAAGACAAAGUAUGCCGAGGAUGUCCAUUACACAGCAAUAUGACACAUAUAAUACCGCAUCAGGAUACAUACCUAGUUACGCGAGCACAAAUAUUUAUUCAUUGCGUGGAAAUGUACCACGUCCUUCAGUACCGCAGAGAGAUCAAAUAUCACGUGCUAUGAAGAAGAAGAGUAAGAAAACAAGUAGUCAAAACUCGCGCGCAAAACAAGUUUUGAUUCAAGGACCUUCACAAAAACAAUAUAAGCUUUCCAAAGUAAACAAACUUGAUGAAAACGGGCAAUACCCUUCGGAUGUUAAAAGAUACACAAUGCUCGCUAGAAAACGGGUAACGAGGAAAAAAUUAAGAUACCUCAAAACUCAAACUCAUUUUCCUCAAAUUAUAAAGGUUUUAAACAACCUGCAUACGUGAGCAACAGAAACCGCGGGUCAACGAGAUUACAAACGCCUUUAACGUUGACAUCCGGGGAAAGCUACGACAGGUGGUCAGCAGUCAUGCAAGAACAAACGCCUUCAGUACAAAUGAGUUCUGCAAUGGCUAAAAAUAAGGUACAUGAGACGGUAUAGUAUGACGCAACUACUAUGACGUCAAAAAAGGUAGAUGCGACGGUAUAGUAUGACGCAACGACUAUGACGUCACAAUAACCCAAAAAAUAUCUGAAGUAUAAAUAUAACGAAGAAGAUACACCACACAUAGCAUUAACAAAACACUAACGGAAUUUUUCUAUGGGGAAUAUAAUACAUAAGAAAAACAAAUAGAACUAACCAUUAUUAAUGUUUCAAAGAAAUAUUAAGUGGCAAGGAAAAACAUAUUGUUACAAGAACAGACAAAACAUAAUCUGUAACAUUUUAAAAGGAUUUUUUACCCUUACUAUGUAAGAAAAGAUGUAAACGAAACAGUUUCCUUUAACCUGUUUAGCUUAGAUAGACUAACAAAUCAAAUAAUAUUUUGAUACAUGUUUGUAAAAUAUAGCAAUAGGUUCAAUGGUUGAUUGAAACUUUACAGAAAGAGACUUUUCUAAGAUUAAUAACAUGUAACAUUAAAAUAGAAUUAAAAAUAAGGGACAUACAUAAUAAUGCCAAAAAGUACCACUAAUUAAAGCAAUUUUUGGGUCAGGAGUGACUUGCAAUUCAAUCUGUCGCAAUUUUUGCUACCUCUCGAACAAAAACACCAAACAAAAAAAAGUUUCAAAGACAACAAAAAAUAAAUUUACACAAACUUUGGACAAACAUAUUUCACAUCAACAAUAACAAAGUACAAAAACAACCUGAUUACUGAAACAAAGGAAUUCACCAUUGACCUGAAAUACCAACACAAGACAUGACAAAAGACAAGCAAACCAUUUUGAUAACUGGUAAGCAACAUUUCACUCAUAUUUCAAUUAAGUAGAUGACUGAAAUACAAGAAGAACUAUAUUAGAGAGCCUUAAUCAUGAAACAACUAAUAAACACAACAAGCUAUUCGAUUGCAGUAAUAUCAAGUAUAACUCACUUACUAGCUCUGAGAUAUUUUGAAAGGUUUGCAGGCUCAAUGAUUUUAUUGCUAAUGUAUACUUUCUAGUCUUUUAUUCAGGUACACCCACCACCACCAACAAAUGUAGCAAUGAAAAAUGUUCAACAAAGACCAACUGAAACAUACAAAACAGAAAACAGCAUGAAUAUUGCUCAAAAAACAGUAAAAAACCUCAGAGUUCCAGAUUUAUUCGGAGGCACCCAUCAUCAAAACACCAAUCCUCUUCAAGCAACUGCAAACAACCUAGCUACCUUGGAUUCCAGAACUUACAAGCGGGCAAGAAUCACCCAAAAGAACUGAGAUUACCAAAAAGCAAGAGGUUUCAUUAGGUCUACCUUGAACGAACUGCUGAUGUUGGGAAUAGCCAAAGGAAAUCCAAAAAUCUCAUGGAAACGAAGCUGGCACCGUUCACGUCAUGUGACCAUUGACAAUAAUUUUUAAAACGAAUUUUUCCAAGGGAAACAAAGCAAUUUAAUACAUUUCAUAUACAAAAAGAAAACUUGAAUGCGAAAAUUUUCCACUACCUCAGGGUAAAUUUUCAGGAGCAUAAUGUAAUUUAUCGUUUUCUGGAAGUUAUAUAAACGUUCAUAUUUUACAAUGUAAAAUUUAGUGUGAAAUAAAUGAUAAAAUAAGCUAUAAACAUA